AUGGCUUACCCUAAUCAACCACAACCCUCUCCCUUUGAACCAAUGCCGCCACUCCCCACCAGCAUAUACGGCCCUCAAUAUUGUGCUCCGUAUCCAAUAGACCUCGCCAUCGUGAGAAAAGUUAUGGCAAUUUCAGACGGAAACUUCGUUGUCACUGACAUCAACGAUAACACCAUCUUCCAAGUUAAAGGCUCUCUUUUAACCCUCCGUGACCGCCGUGUCUUACUUGAUGCUGCCGGCAAUCCCAUUACCACCCUACGUCGCAAGAUAAUAACUAUGCAUGAUCGGUGGGAAGCUUUUAGGGGUGAAAGCACAGAAGCUAAAGAUCUUAUAUUUACAUUGAAGAAAUCAUCACUAAUUCAGUUUAAUACCAAAUUAAAUGUGUUUUUAGCUGGUAACACAAAAGAGGAUGUUUGUGAUUUUAAAGUCAAAGGUAGCUGGCUUGAACGUUCUUGCACUGUUUAUGCUGGUGAAUCUAAAAACAUUGUUGCCCAGAUGCACAAAAAACACACUGUCCAAAGUGUUUUAAUUGGUAAAGACCAAUUCAUGGUUACCGUUUAUCCUAAUGUCGAUUAUGCUUUCAUAGUGGCGUUAAUUGUGAUUCUUGAUGAGAUCAACUUGGAUGACGAGGAAUGA